CUUAAAGCGGGAUGCUGCGACUUUAGCGCGAGCACGACAGUUACGCUCAUACGCGCAUAUUAUAAGAAAAAAUAUGAAAAUAACCGUGUUAUAAAGCUAUACUAGCGGUGGCUUUAAAACGCAGUGAGUCUGAAUUGUAUUUCUUUGUAUAAAGUGGACUAACGUCAGUUUUUAUUUCAGGUUAGCCUGUUAGCUAGCUUAUAACUUACAAUUGUGGGUUGUUUGACAGAAUUUGGCAAUGCCAACGUUAACUUAGAUUCAGUCGGGUUAACAUUUCGUUUCAUCUAACAUACAACACAUCACAAAAACAUGCACGGAACGUCACAUAUUAUAUUGUCUUAUCUAACUUUGCUUAUCUAAUUUGAUGCAGCCAGUCUUAGUAACACGUUAUGGUUUACAAAUGUAUUUAGUUGAUAGAAGUGAUGUCUGGUUAGUGUCAGUUAAACGUCAGGUUUAGUUUAGUUUCGAGUGUCUGUCAUCAGAUAUGGCGUAUCGUUAGUUUAACUGGAGGCUGUGGCUUAAAUCUCAGUCUGUUGAUAGUUGAAGCGCUUGACAGGAGGAAGUCCAUUAUCUGUGUCUCAACACAGACUUUAUUCUUGCUUGCGCCACACGCAAGACAGUAUUUUGGGCUUAGAGCUCAUUUUUAGAAUGGCUAAGCUUCGAGCGGGUAAUGGAGUUCAAUGGACAGACAGCUCGAGUCAGCGGGGGACGGUGGAAAGUCUAGCCGAGCACGAGAGCUCUUCUCUGGGUUCGGAUACUGAGCUUAACGGCUCUGCCAACAACACUGAGAUCCAGGCUGACAAAUAUGGAUUCAUAGGAGGAGCUCAGCAGUACCAAGGAGAAAAUGAUGACAUUCCCCCAGAGGUGCUCCGGCAGAGAGAAGCUAAGUGGCUGGAUAUGCUCAACAGCUGGGACAAGUGGAUGGCCAAAAAACACAAGAAGGUGAGGUUGCGCUGUCAGAAAGGCAUCCCUCCAUCGCUCAGAGGACGCGCGUGGCUUUAUCUCUCAGGUGGAAAAGUGAAGAAAGAGCAGAAUCAGGGAAAGUUUCGGGAGUUGGACAGUCAAGCUGGAGAUCCAAAAUGGCUGGAUGUGAUAGAGAAGGACCUCCAUAGACAGUUUCCAUUUCAUGAGAUGUUCGUAGCUCGAGGAGGCCAUGGGCAGCAGGAUCUGUUUCGGGUGUUGAAGGCGUACACGCUGCACAGGCCAGAGGAGGGUUACUGUCAGGCUCAAGCUCCUAUAGCCGCUGUUCUGCUGAUGCACAUGCCGGCUGAGGAUGCAUUCUGGGGUCUGGUCCAGAUAUGUGAGAAGUAUCUGCCCGGAUAUUACAGCGCAGGCCUGGAAGCCAUUCAGUUAGAUGGUGAGAUCCUGUUUGCUCUUCUCAAGCGCGUGUCUCCCGUGGCUCACAGGCACCUGAAGAAGUAUAAAAUCGACCCCAUCCUCUACAUGACCGAAUGGUUCAUGUGUGCCUUCUCCAGAACGCUGCCCUGGGCCUCUGUCCUGCGCGUGUGGGACAUGUUCUUCUGUGAGGGAGUAAAGAUCAUCUUCCGAGUGGGUCUGGUGCUGCUGAAGUGCAUGCUGGGAUCUCAGGAGAAACUCAAGGCCUGUCAGGGCCAGUAUGAGACCAUGGAGCUGCUGAGAUCCAUUGAGCCACGAUACAUGCAGGAGGUUUUCCUAGUUCAAGAGGUCAUUGAAUUGGCCGUGUCCGAGCGAGACAUAGAGAAAGAGCACCUCUCUCAGCUCCGACGCUGGAAAGAGACCCACGGUGAGCUGCACUGUAAAUCACCACCCAGAAUGCACGGCGCCAAAGCCAUCAUGUCCGCCGAGCCGCCCAGCCGCCAGGACCUCAAACAGAACCCUACAAUCAUCGUCCAGGUACCACAGGCCACAGACGGCCAGGUGGAAAAAGAGAGGAAUACAAAAAAGAGCAAAGGGGAGAAGAAGAAAGAGACAAAAAACACAUCACCACCACUCAAUCCAUACUCGUUUCCUGGCCAACCACCGAUACAGAGCGACAACCCGUCACCUGGCGAAUCACAUCUCUUGCAGAAAGACGUGGUCCUGCAGGGCUCCGUUCAGAGCCUCAGUAGCACAGAGCACGACACUUACCUGUGACCCGUCGCAGGAGAAGAUGCUGGGAUGAUGAACCAUGAUUCCAGGUGCUUGUGCAGACUGUUGAAUGUUGACUAACCGUCAUCCCACCUCCCCAGUCUCAGGAUUUUGCACACGUAUGUGACAUUAAUGGACCAAAUCAUUUAUCCCAACAUAUGUGUGGCACCAAUUACACCUAGGACACCCAGAAGAAAACAUCAUGAGGUUUUCAGGUGUGUUUACAUGGAAAUAAAGUGAAGGAUGAGUAGCCAAGACUGACGUUCAGAUCAGUCAUAUGGGUCCAAGUUUGGAAUAUAAAUAUCACUGUGUGAUUAUUUGUUCUCAAUUCAGCGCAUCUAAAUCAUUCUUAUGCUUCAUUCCUUUUAAUGAUUCAGUGGGAUGCAAGAACAUUUCAUCCGUCUGUUUCUCUAAAGACUUCAUUUUUUGAUCUGAGACCUGACUGGAAUAGUUCACCCAAAAAUAAAAAGCGUUAGCGUCAUUGUGAUCUUGUCAUUUUGUCUUCUGUAGAACAGAAAGGGAGGCUGUCUGAGUUAAAUCACGAAUCAGAUGCUCUACGAUUUGUGUGAGAAACAGGCUGAAAUCUUUGCUAUAGCUUUAAAUCUCUGUUUGAUGUAUGUCUGCUUAUGGAUAUAUCUCGGGUUUGACAGCAGGUGGACACCAAAUGCUAUUUGUUUCUCAGGGUUUACUUUAAAAGAAGCCACCACAGAUGAGAUCUGAGAGCUGGAAGGAAUUGAAAAAUUUGGACUGCAAGCAAGCGUAUUAUCUGUAUAAAGACUCGAUAAAGUGUAAAUAAAGCGCACCAUUUUUUAAGGAGCUUUGUGGUCAACCAU